GAGAGCCUAGCACGCAGGCGCUCCUGGGCACUGUCGAAGAAUCGAGUCACUGGAGCAGAGCGCACAAGCGGCGGCGGCGACGGCUUCUGGAGUCCCCGCCCCAGUGCGAGUGUCUGGGCGGCCGGCAGCCGGCGGGCAGCGCUGUAGUAGCGAGAGCGCGGAGCGGGAAGAAGCGAGCAGUCGUGCUGUCCUGGGGGUCUGAGAGUGCCGUGUUUGGGCGAUGUUGCAUCUCGCCGCGCCGCUGUGAGUGACUGCAGCCGGCGGGGUUCGGAGAGCCAGGCAAGAACGCGAAGGCGCUUUCCCGCCCCGCUCGCCUUGGAGCUGCCCUUGCUCCCCCGAGGAGGUGGCAAUCUCUGCAAGAGGCUGCCGCAGCUGCAAAGCACAGAGCCUCCCCGGUGGCUAGAAGAGCAGCGGUGGGAAGAGGAGGUAGGGGACGAGGCGCGGGGCGCUCGCUGCCCCUGGACUCGGCCAUGUCGUCCGCGGCGGUAGCGGUGGCCGCUGCCUCCCGCAGGCAAUCGUGCUACUUAUGCGAUUUACCCCGCAUGCCCUGGGCUAUGAUCUGGGAUUUCACCGAGCCCGUCUGCAGGGGCUGUGUCAACUACGAAGGGGCCGAUCGGGUGGAGUUCGUGAUCGACACGGCUCGGCAGCUCAAGCGGGCGCACAGUUUCCAGGAAGGCCGGGCUCCGCCGCCGCCCCACGCUAAGCAGCAGCAGCCGCUCAGUGCCAAAGAGAUGCACUCUGCGGCGGUGGCGGCAGCUGAAGCGGCGUCUCGCGCCCCGCCGCAGUCCCACGAGCGCUACUCUCUGGCAGCCUCCGCCUCGUCCGAGCGGCCGCCGCCGCGCCUGGGACCCGAGUACGGAGGCGGCAGCAGGCAGGUCAAUGGCAUCCUGGUGCCCAACGGUUUUUCCAAGCCCGAGGAGCCGCCUGAACUUAACCGCCAGAGCCCUAACCCGCGGCGGACGCACGCCGUGGCCCCCACUUUGGUGCCCCUCAUGAACGGAGCUUCCUUGCCCGCCGCCAUCAGCAUCAACAGCCGGGCGGCGGCUGCAGCGGCCUCCUUGGCAGCCAUCUCCGGAGCGCCCACCCCGCUGCAGGUGUCGGUCUCGCAAGCGCAGCAAAGCCAGCAGCAGCCUGGGGAAGUGGGGGGGCACAAACGGCCCGGCUCAGUGUCUUCGUCGUCGUCGAGUAGCGGUGGGGGCAGCAGCGGCGGAGCGAGCGACCUGGAGGGCAAGGACAAGGGGCAGCAGCAGGCGCGGGGCUCGGCGGACAACCUGGAGCAGCUCGGCGUGGAGAGCAAAAGCCGGGGAGCGGCGACGGCGGGCGGCUCGGAGCAGGAGUGGCUGAGCAAGCCCAAGACGGUACGAGACACACUGCUGGCCUUGCAGCACAGCGGCCACGCGGUGCCCUACGAGAGCAAGUUCAAGAAGGAGCCCGGCAUGGCAGGGAGGCUGCUGGGCUACGACAGCAACGGGGCCGUGGCCAAAUCAGGGGCACGGGCUGCAAGGAAGAGAAAGCCUUCUCCAGAGCCAGAAGGUGAUGCUGGACCUCCUAAAAUCAAUGGCGAAGCACAGUCAUGGUUACCAACCUCAUCAGAAGGGAUGAAAAUACCAAUGGCAGCUGCAUCUUUCAUGUCCCCACCACCACCCACCGCUUCGCCUCAUUCCAACCGGACCACACCACCCGAGGCAGUCCAGAAUGGCCAGUCCCCAAUGGCUGCACUGAUUUUAGUUGCAGACAAUGCCGGGGGUAACCAUGCCUCCAAAGAUGCUAACCAGGUUCACUCCACCACCAGGAGGAAUAGCAGUAGCCCACCCUCUCCAUCUCCUAUGAACCAAAGAAGGCUGGCCAGGGAGGUGCCAAGUCAAGGGGCAAACACUGGAGGGAUGGAGCCAGUGCACCCGGCCAGCCUCCCAGACUCUUCUCUGGCAGCAAGUGUCCCGCUGUGCUGCACUCUGUGUCACGAGCGCUUGGAAGACACCCACUUUGUGCAGUGCCCCUCUGUCCCAUCCCAUAAAUUUUGCUUCCCUUGCUCCAGACAGAGCAUCAAGCAGCAAGGAGCUAGUGGUGAAGUGUAUUGUCCCAGUGGGGAGAAGUGCCCUCUGGUGGGUUCCAAUGUCCCUUGGGCCUUCAUGCAGGGAGAGAUUGCAACCAUUCUUGCAGGAGAUGUGAAAGUGAAAAAAGAGAGAGAUUCGUGACUUUUCCAGUUUCUCAGUGCAACAUCACCUUUAACAUAAAAACUUUGAAUUGUAUAUAUCUAUAAAUACCUAUAAAUAUCUAUAUAUAUAUUAUAUAUAUAUAUAUAUAUAUAUAUCUCCAAGACAAGGGAAAUGUAGACUUCAUAAAACAUGGCUGUAUAAUUUUGAUUUUUUUGAAUACAUUGUGUUUCUAUAUUUUUUGAAGACAAAAGGUAUGUACUUACAAAAGCGCUUUUUUUCUUUUCCUUUUUUUUUCUUUUGCUCUUAUAGAAACUAUUUGUUGUGCUUCCUUGGUGACAGUUACUGUUCAGUGUAGGCUGUGACUUGCGCUGCUUUUUUUAGAGAGCACUUGGCAAACCAGAAAUGCUUCUAGCUGUAAUUGUAUGCACUUGGGUUUUUUCCUCUUUUUUUAAUGCCAAAUACAUCUUCUGACAUUGUAAAGAUCGC